GAGCAAGAGCUGAAAACAAACAUCAGUGAAGAAUGAAGGCUUUAGUAUGUAUACUGCUGCUGUUGGAAACCUUUGUGUUUGUCGUCCAGCAGCAGGUAGAUGGAGGACUCAAUGAGAAUGAGAUCAGUCAACAGAUCAGCUCUGAGGACGGAAGACAGAAUCCACCUCAAACAGACACUUUGAGAGCUGAAGCUGACAGACAACAAUACUGUGAUCUGGGCAUCCCUGACAUCCAUGCAGCACUGAGAGAACUGACCGCCACCGUUACAGAGCAGAAAGGAAACAUCAGAGAACUGACCACCACCGUUACAGAGCAGAAAGAAAACAUCAGAGCUUUAGAGACGCAACUGAGGGAUGAGAUGAAUAAGAAAAAUGAAGAAAUUUCAAAUCUUACUCUGAGUCAAGUGGAGUUGAGAAAGGAAAAUAGAGACAGAGAAAUAGCUUUUUCAGCUGGACUGAUGGAAUCUGGCGCUGGAAAUAUUGGUCCUUUUACCACUCACAUCACACUAACCUACAGGAAAGUCUUCACAAACAUAGGGAACGCCUACAACCCAAUUACAGGUGUUUUCACAGCCCCACUGAAAGGAGCGUACAUGUUCAGAUUCUCUGUAACUGGUGUUGGCCCAACUACAAUAUCUGCCUCCAUUUAUAAGAAUGGAGAGCAUGUGGUUAUAGCAAAUGAUUAUCAGACUCAGGGUGGGUUAAACUCCUCAAAUGGAGUUGUGUUGAUCCUGGAGGUUGGAGAUGUUGUCUAUGUGACACUUGGGGCUGGCAGGGGGGUUACAGAUAACCACAAUAACCACAACACUUUCAGUGGUUAUCUACUGUUUCCCUUAAGAUAACAGGAGAUUUGAAGA